CGAUGGAGAGAAAAGCGGUCAGCCCUCACACAUCGAUGGCUCCCCUUUCUCUUUCUCUUUGCCCCCGGCCGAUUGACCCAGGCGAGGAGGAAUCAAGCGGCGGCGACUAGAUCUCGCUUCUUCGUUACCCAUGGAGGAAGAAGAAGGCGAACGCGAAAGGAUCAACGCCCGAAAGCUGGAGAAGGAAAGUGGGUUCGGAGACUUCGAGGAAUGGGUGACCGUGGUCCGCAGACGCAGCGUAAAAUCUCUCGGCUCCUCGAGAACGCAGCGUUCUCCGUCGCCUGUGCAGGAGCCUCUUCCGGCUCGUCGUUCCCUCUCCCCUUCAUCGCCCGCUGCCUGCCGGGUGGGAGUUGUAGAGUCGGGCAAACCUGACUAUAGUGGGGCUGCAUCGCAGUCUCCAGAGCAAGUGCCAGAAAUUAGUUUGUGGGAUAGGCUUGGGAAUGCUUGUGCUUUAGAUGUUGAAGCAAGUGAAGUCUCCUGGGACAAUCUGUUUUCCCUUCACCACACAAAAUAUACAAGCAGUAAUGAAUGCUCAGAGGAUGAAAUGAACAAAGCUUUGGAGGUGACCGUAAAUUCUGGAGGAGUAGUUUUUUAUGCAUUGUUCAACACAUCAAGUGGUGAUGAGUCCUCCACAAAAGAAGCAGCAGCAGUAAUCAAAAUUGCAUCUUCCAGGAUGGCCACACAAUCUGAACGCCUGGGCUAUGAAUUUGCAAAAUUGCUGAGAGUGAAGACACCUCAAGCAAGAGUGAUCCACAACUCAAGCGCAGAGUGGCAACUGAUCAAGGAUGCAGCCCAAAAGGCACGAGAUAUUUCAGUUGCCAAUGGAGAUGAAGUGGGUGAAGUUACAUGCUCAGAGCUGUUAGAAGCCCUCGAAUUGAGCCGAUGCCUUUUCCUUAUGAAUUACAUCCACGGCUCUCCUCUGGUGGAAAACCCAAAUGCAUUUGAUUCAAGGGAGGCUGCCGAAAGUACUGCUGCAUCACUUGGCAGGGUCUUGAUAUUGGACCUCAUACUUAGGAAUGAGGAUAGGCUUCCCUGUCCCAGCUUAGGGUGGCGUGGCAAUCCAGCUAAUCUACUAUUUGCCAAUAAGGUAGCAUCUGCAAACAUGGAUGCACUAGAAAAAGCUUAUGAUUCUAGUAUCAGAAGAUUUAAUCCGCUGAUAGUAAAAAAUCUUGAGAGGAAAAAAGAGCAACGAGCUCUCUCUCUAAAUGGUAGGCUGGGCUAUCAAGUAUCUGAAUCUACAACAGACGUCUCUGAUGAUUUGAGUGACUUAACCGCCAGAUCUACAAGUAGUCAAGGAACAGAAUUUGGAAAGAGUUCUGACUUUCAUGUUGUGGCAAUUGAUUCAGGAGUUCCUCGCAGACCACCAGCAGGAAAACGGGCAAAAGAUCAAGAAAACUACCCCAGGGUCGUUGAGCUGAUAAUCAAUAAUUUUGACUUCUCUUCUAACUUGUUGUAUGAAGUGUCUUUCGGAAAGCUGGGGGUUCCUGAAGCUGAGCACACUGAUGUUCCUAGUGAUUCUCGUUCUUGUUUCUCUGAAUCUGAUGUGGCAGCUUCUGUUUAUGCAUUUCGUGCCGGAUUCCGUGGUGCACUGAGGGACCUCCAAAGCCUCCAUGUAUUUCUUCUCACACUGUAUCAGAAACUGGAGGGCCUGUUAAGAAUUGUACAAUCAAUCAUAAACAAAAUAUAUAGUGAAGAUGAAUCUGCAGGCUCAGAUUCACCUUCACAUACUGCUUGCUCCAGUUCCCAAUUUCAGGCUGAUUCUAGUGACCCUGAAACUCGGAAAUGUUUACAUAAAUCUUCAGCAUCACGCGAAAGUGUGGACAUAAGUUCUCCAAUUUGUCGAGAGAAUUGGAAUGGUAGAUAUUUUAAAGGAAGUGAUAGUUCUCGGUGCUUGCGCUUGACUACUAAGCUUCGUGACUUUCACAAGAUAACUAAGGUAGAUACUGAGCUAUCUAAAGAGUUGGAACAGUGGAAUGAGACGGUUAGAACAGAGGUUGUCAAACUGUGCCAAGAAAACAACUUUAACACAGGAUUUUUUGAAGGAAGUGAUAAUAGCGUUGCUAUCGAUGCUUAUGAGCUGAAGAUCCGUGUUGAGCACAUUCUUGAGAGAAUAUCACUAAUUUCUGAUGCAGCCAGUACAGAGCGCCCUUCUCCUAUUACAGAUCAUCUCUAUAUUGGUGGAGCCCUAGCUGCAAAAUCCAAAUUCACCCUUCAGCACCUUCGUAUCUUUCAUAUACUUUGCUUGUGUGCCAAUGAAAUUGGACAAUCAGAUUCUCAAAAUCCUGAUAUCUUCGAGUACCGGAACUUCUCUAUAAGUGACAAUGAUGAUGAAGUUAUCAGUGACUUGUUUGAAGAGGCUUCUGAUUUCAUUGACUACGUUGAGAAACUGGGAGGGAAAGUGUUGGUACAUUGUUUUGAAGGAAAAAGCCGCAGCGCAACCGUAGUUCUUGCUUAUCUAAUGCUGAGAAAGGAUCUCACUCUACUGGAUGCCUGGAACAUGCUCAAGAAGGUGCAUCGUCGAGCCCAGCCAAAUGAUGGCUUUGCAAAGACUCUCCUGGAUUUAGACAAGCAACUGCAUGGGAAGCCAUCGAUGGAAUGGCAGCAACGAAGACCGAUGAUGAAGGUAUGCCCCAUAUGUGGUAAGAAUGCAGGUCUCAGCAGCAGCUCUCUCAAACUCCAUCUCCAAAAGUUCCAUAAGAUGUUGUCUUCGGGCAGCGUGGACAGCGCCAUGACCUUGGAGAUCCAGAAGGCUGUCGAGGCACUUGAGAUGAGUCGCGGUGGGAUAUCAGCACGGCUUAAAAGCAUCGGCAAUGUGACGGUGAACGCCACUGCACUCAAUGAUGCUGAAUUCUAGUAAGGUUUUUGUUUGUUUGAAGAAUUAGCAAUAUCAGUAGCAAUAACUCAAGGCUUAUGCUACAUGUGCUAGAUAAGAGUCCAACAUAUACGUAGUCGAUGAAUAUGGCAAAAUGUUUUUGGCUUUGUUGGAAACUUUUUGGUAUAUAAAAAUUAUUUUCCUGUGUA